AUGCCGUCAUAUACACAAUUGUGCAGGGAUGCAAAUCCUUGUCUCGCCCCCCACCUGAGGUGCAUUUGCCUCAAGUUCUCAGCUAUGCACAAAGACAGCUGCUGCGAGUCAAGACUCCAAGGAAUCUCUUUCUUGGAACUAGAGACACAGGUGUUCUCGCUGGAGCAGGUGUACAAAAGUGACUUGAUUCCCUCGGUUUCCAGUCAAAGCUACAGGAUACACUUUUUUCAGUUUGCGCAUCUCCAAUUUAGCAGGUCAUUCCUUCAUUCGCUUUCGACUGCCUCCCGAGUGACUCAAGCUCUAGCUCAUCGAAAGCUUCGCCCCCAAUGGGCUCGGAUUGAGGGCAUGGUUUUUUCCGGGGCUGGAGUGUGCAUUGUUUUUUCCUCGGUUUCUCGAGAUGCGAUGCCGGGGAGUAGCCUGAUCCUUUCUGAACGUUCCACCUUUAUUGAUCCUCACUUAGGAGCGUUUCGCUGUGCUCAGUACAGCAAGCGGGAACGAUGGACUUUCUCCAUUGAAUGGCGGCCUAACACGCUGGAGACAGCGGAAAUGGGAACUCCUCGUUGCCUCCCUCCACUAGCCGAUUGA